GGAUCUGCUCCGACUGAACAGGCCCUCUCUCACAGGCCAGCGCGCGGUGUGAUGGCGGAGAAGGCGCUGGAGGCUGUGGGCUGUGGUCUAGGGCCGGGGGCCAUGGCCAUGGCCGUGGCACUGGAGGAUGGGGCGGAGCCGCCGGUGCUGACCACUCACCUGAAGAAGGUGGAGAACCACAUCACAGAAGCCCAGCGCUUCUCCCACCUGCCCAAGCGCUCGGCCGUGGACAUCGAGUUCGUGGAGCUGUCCUAUUCCGUGCGGGAGGGGCCCUGCUGGCGCAAACGGGGUUAUAAGACCCUCCUCAAGUGCCUGUCGGGCAAAUUCUGCCGCCGGGAACUGAUCGGCAUCAUGGGCCCCUCAGGGGCUGGCAAGUCCACAUUCAUGAACAUCUUGGCAGGAUACAGGGAGUCUGGGAUGAAGGGGCAGAUUCUGGUGAACGGGAGGCCGCGGGAGCUGAGGACCUUCCGCAAGAUGUCCUGUUACAUCAUGCAGGACGACAUGCUGCUGCCGCACCUCACUGUGCUAGAGGCCAUGAUGGUCUCCGCCAACCUAAAGUUGAGUGAGAAGCAGGAGGUGAAGAAGGAGCUGGUGACAGAGAUCCUGACAGCACUGGGCCUGAUGUCCUGUUCCCACACGAAGACCGCCCUGCUCUCCAGCGGGCAGAGGAAGCGCCUGGCCAUUGCCCUGGAGCUGGUCAACAACCCACCAGUCAUGUUCUUUGAUGAGCCCACCAGUGGCCUGGACAGUGCAUCUUGUUUCCAAGUGGUGUCCCUCAUGAAGUCCCUAGCCCAUGGGGGCCGGACCAUCAUCUGCACCAUUCACCAGCCCAGUGCCAAGCUCUUUGAGAUGUUUGACAAGCUCUACAUCCUGAGCCAGGGCCAGUGUAUCUUCAAGGGCGUGGUCACCAACCUGAUCCCCUACCUGAAGGGGCUGGGCUUGUACUGCCCCACCUACCACAAUCCGGCUGACUUCAUCAUUGAGGUGGCCUCUGGCGAGUAUGGAGACCUGAACCCCAUGCUGUUCAGGGCGGUGCAGAACGGGCUGUGUGCCAUGGCUGAGAAGAAGAGUAGCCCCGAGAAGAACGAGGUCCCCAACUCCUGUCCCCCCUGCCCUGCGGAAGUGGACCCCAUCGAAAGUCACACCUUCGCCACCAGCACCCUCACACAGUUCUGCAUUCUUUUCAAGAGGACCUUCUUGUCCAUCCUCAGGGACACGGUCCUCACCCACCUGCGUUUCGUGUCCCACGUGGUGAUUGGUGUGCUGAUUGGUCUCCUGUACCUGCAUAUUGGUGACGAUGCCAGCAAGGUCUUCAACAACACUGGCUGCCUCUUCUUCUCCAUGCUCUUUCUCAUGUUUGCUGCCCUUAUGCCCACCGUGCUCACCUUUCCUUUAGAAAUGGCCGUCUUCAUGAGGGAGCACCUCAACUACUGGUACAGCCUCAAAGCCUAUUACUUGGCCAAGACCAUGGCUGACGUGCCCUUCCAGGUGGUAUGCCCGGCAGUGUACUGCAGCAUCGUGUACUGGAUGACGGGUCAGCCUGCUGAGACCAGCCGCUUCCUGCUCUUCUCAGCCCUGUCCACCGCCACAGCCUUGGUGGCCCAGUCUUUGGGGCUGCUCAUUGGAGCUGCCUCCAACUCACUACAGGUGGCCACCUUUGUGGGCCCAGUCACCGCCAUUCCUGUCCUCCUGUUCUCUGGCUUCUUUGUCAGCUUUAAGACCAUCCCCACUUACCUGCAGUGGAGCUCAUAUCUCUCCUACGUCAGGUAUGGCUUUGAGGGUGUGAUCCUGACCAUCUAUGGUAUGGAACGAGGAGACCUGACGUGCUUAGAGGAACGCUGCCCAUUCCGCGAGCCCCAGAGCAUCCUCCGGGCACUGGAUGUGGAGGACGCCAAGCUCUACCUGGACUUCCUGGUGCUGGGCAUCUUCUUCCUGGCUCUGCGGCUGCUGGCAUACCUUGUGCUACGUUACCGGGUCAAGUCUGAGAGAUAGAGCUGUGCUCCCGCCCCGGCCUGGGCCCCCCCGCCUCCGCAGCAGGAAGCCCUCAGCCCCAGCCUUUUGGGGGCUGUUUUAACCUUGUAGACCUGGGCACCGAUUGCUGGUGCAGCCACCCUCUCCUUCCCCUAGAGCUCCCCAGGCUGGCUAUGGGACUUGUGAUCCCUCCCAGCCUGGGCCACCCUGGGGUUCAGCCUUUGCACUGUGCCCAGGAGUCUUCCCAAGUUGAUGCAAUUUGUAGCUUCCCCUCUACUCUCUCCAACACCUGCAUGCAAGGACCACUGGGAGGCUGCCACCCUCCUCCCUGCCCUGGCACCUUUCUCUGUUACCUG